AUGCUAUUCGAAGCCAUAGUUACUCUUCUAGCGGUAACUCGCACCACCAACUUAGCCGCUCGAGUCACCGGAGUGAGGACCUUUCUUCCAGCGCUCGCGCCGAAACGCUUUGCGUUGCUCGCUGGCAUGGACGAAGAGAUUAUUGCGCGACAGAUGGACGGAUGCACCUCAUUCGACGACGAACCUUGGGCUCAGUACUGGACAGAAAUCGCGUUUUCUCACAUGGACGAGCUGGAUCAUGAAUUGGGAAAAGCGAGGCUGCCGUCGAUCAAGGGCUAUGUACGAGGUGACAGAGGUGCAAAGGGGCCGCCACCUGAAGUAUGCGCAUAUAUCGGCGUGGGUGCCGUGUUGCUCCAGAGUAGCCCGCUCGGGGCCGUGACGAAUAUAGCCGAAUUAACCAAGGCUGCUCCAGCAGGGCAGCAUGGGCCGAUCAUCGCAAUGGACGCGGCUCUCAAGGCCAUGGCCUACCUAUUCCAGGCGUCAUGGCCCGGCCGCACGCCGAAACGCAACGCAGCGUAUUCCAUGUCCACGCGUCUCUUUGACAUGAUACUUGACGCCUGCGCCCCAGUGCUCGACAUACAGAUCCGACGCCACGUCCUCCACUCGCAUGACGAAGAAGUCGUCCUUUAUGGGCUCAUACGCAGCUCGACCGGUGGUGCCAGCCAGCCAGCCAAGAACAGCUUGCCCGGCGUACUGGUCACAAACGGUCUCGAAGGAACAAAUGCAGAGUCAAUGUUGCCCUUUCUGCGCAGCGACCGGCUAUCUGAGGGCGCGUGCUUCUUCAUGGAGAUGCCGAGCACUUAUGCGUACAAGGCACCCAUGAGCCUCGGUGUGACCGAGCGCAUAUACGCCGACGCCAUCUCCUUUAUUCAGGCGCUGGACUAUGUAGACAGCAGCAGGAUUGGCAUGGUCGGAUUUAGUUUCGGCGGCCACUGGACCACGAGGAUGGCCAUCAUCGACAAGCGCCUCAAGGCGGUGGUUGUCAAUGGCGCGCCGUUGCGCCACAGCCUGCUUCCAUCCGGUGCGUUUGGCAUGCCGCAAAUCAUGAUUGAAGCUCUCUCGCGCGCCGUGGGAGCCAAUACGCUGAGUCUGUCCGCCAAAUUGAGCGCUCUGGCGCCCUCGCAGGACGAACUGCGAUCUAUCUCCUGCCCCGUGCUGGCCAUUAAUGGCGAUACCGACACGCUGAUCGCUACCAGAGAUACUGUCGAGUUGGCCGAAUUGGCGCCCAAUUCUUGCUUGAAGCUUUAUCCAGAUGACGACCAUUGUGCCAUGGCUCACGCGAGAGAAUGGCGUGAGCUAUCGCUAGACUGGAUGCAGACUCAUUUAGCAGCAAAAGUCUAG